AUGGCAUAUGCACGAUAUUUUAUGCUCUUAUCAGUAUUAUUAACGAUUUUAUGGGUGGCUAUAAUUUAUACAUAUUUACGUCGUAUAGAUAAUGAUCUAUCGAGAACUGAUCCUUCAAAUUCGAAGUCUACCGAAGCUAACCGAAAAUAUAUCAUUUCAUUAGUUCAACCUUCUUCACCGUUAGUAGCACUAACAUCGACUGCUGAAAAUGAUCUAUCGAAAGAUAUAUUCGAUGAACAACUUUCACCGAAUAAAGUGCCGGAAGUCGAUCUUAUUAAAUUGGCUAAAGUAAAUGAUGCAAAUGAACAGGAGUUUUUACAGAAGAUAUUCGAGGACGGCUUGAAAAAAUAUGCAUUUAAUGAACUCUUAAGUCAGCGUAUUGGACCACGGAGAAAAAUUCCAGAUUCGAGGCAUCAUUUAUGUUUGAACGAAACUUAUCCUGACGAUUUACCACUGACGAGUAUUAUUAUUUGCUACUAUAAUGAAGCACCAUCUGCCCUUAUUCGAAUGGUCAAUAGUAUAUUGGAUCGUACUCCAUCAAACCUUAUCCAAGAAAUAAUUCUUGUCGAUGAUUCCAGUGAUUCAGAAAGUUCUGUGGAAUCAUUAAAGAUAUAUGCGCAUGAAAAUUGGUCAUCGGAUUUAGUUCGCAUGCUUCGAACUGAAAAGAAUGAAGGACUCAUUCGUGCUAGACUUUUUGGUGCAAAGCAUGCUACUGGACAAGUCUUAGUCUUUCUUGACAGUCAUUGUGAGGUUAAUGAGCGUUGGCUUGAACCGCUUCUAGAUCGUAUCAAUGCAAAUCCGCAAAUCGUCGUUUGUCCAGUUAUCGAUAUUAUCGAUUCAAUUAAUUUCAAAUAUAUAAAAUCGCCAGUAUGUAAAGGAGGGAUGUCAUGGUCAAUGGUUUUUCAGUGGGACUAUCCUGUUCAAUCGUAUUUCAAUGAUCCACACAAUUAUGUGGCCCCAUUAAAAUCGGCAACUAUGGCUGGAGGACUCUUUGCUAUUGAUCGAGAUUUCUUCAAUAAAAUUGGUCAAUACGACAGUGGGAUGAAUGUUUGGGGAGCAGAAAAUGUUGAGAUUUCAAUAAGGAUAUGGCUUUGUGGAGGGCAAUUAGAAAUAAUACCUUGUAGUAGAGUAGGUCAUAUUUUUCGCUCGAGACGACCUUACGGAGUUGGCACGGAAUCGCUUAAUUAUAAUUCUUUGCGAGCAGCCAAUGUAUGGUUGGACGAGUAUAUCGAUAAGUUUUAUGAAUCUAAACCAAAUUUACGGGACGUCGAUUAUGGUGAUAUUUCCGAGCGAAGGGCUAUUCGUGAAAAAUUGCAAUGUAAGCCAUUCAAAUGGUUCCUUGAGAAUGUCUAUCCAGAACUAUUAUCUGGUAAUUAUCCAAGACAAGGCGAAAUUCGAUUGUUUUAUUGGAAUAGCACUUCUAAAUAUCAUAUUAUCUUGCGUGGCACAGAUUUAUGUCUGACGGGUGAAUCUAAUAUUGAUCGAAUUGUACAUGGGGGAAGAGCGAUUGUUGAGCGAUGUCAAAAAUCUGCACGUCAGCAAUGGUGGCGUUGGUCUAAAAACGGUGAGCUACGUCCAAUGGGUUCGAGUAAUCUUUGUCUUGAUUCACUAAAGGAUGGAAAACUUUUUAAUACUGCUAUUCGCAAAUGUUUGUACAGUAAUAAAGAACCACUGAGUGUUGUUGAAAAUCGCUUUUGUUCAGUUGCGAGCGAAUGGGAUAUUCGAAAAAUUAUCUUCAAGGAUAUCUAA